AUGACAUACAGCGGUUUCAUUCAAUGGCAUACAGGCUUUUCUCACUCACAGCAAAGUCGGCUUCAGAGAUCGGUGUGGGAUGACGCAAGUGACCUAUUCUCAAGACUAUCCGUUUCUCUCGGCUCACAUGCCAAUUUUAUCAAAGAGAACAGUUCUGUGCAAGGUGAGCUUCCCAGCCACAAUGAUUCAAUAGAGUGGCCUAAUUCCAAAGACUAUGAAGCCCUUCAAGCGGCAUUCCAGCAGUACUCUUAUGGCCUCAAGUCAGAAUGGAAGAAUUUCGAGACCGACGAAAAUGACCGACGCCGUAGGAGAAAGUAUGAAGUGGCUGAAUGGAUCACCUCUUCUCGGAAGAUGCAACGUUUGCAGAAUGAAUUUCGCGAGAUGACAAUCUGCCCGAAGAGUGGCCGUUGGCUUUUCCGAAACUACAGCGAUAUUUCGGAGUGGAUGGGAGAGGAAGACCCUCCUCACUCAGCCAUAUGGCUGCAUGGAAACGUGGGAUACGGUAACUACUCCCCAGAGACCCCCAAUACGAUGCUGACGAAUUCAGGCAAAACGGUACUUGCAUCUCUGAUAGUUGAUGAACUGAAAUCAUCCAAACUCCAGAAUACCAUGCCCUCGUUUCCGGAGGCCAGCAAGGCAUGCUACUUUUACUGCCAAGAAAACGACAUCGAACACAAAAGCCACCUCGAUGUCCUGAAGGGAAUACUCCUGCAGAUGGUAGAGGCCGAGGAUUAUAUAAUCCCAUAUUGCUACCAGGAAAAGAUCACCAGUGGAGGCUCCAUCCUCAUAGAUGCAAAACUGGCUCAAAAGCUCAUCAAGACAUUCAUUGAGUUCUCUGUACGACACUACAUCGUGAUUGACGGAGUAGAUGAAUGCCAUGGAGCCGAGAUUCAACAAACCGCCAAGUUCUUCAAGGAUUUGGUGUCGGCAUAUGACACGCAAAUUAGAUUGGGUCACCUGAGAGUUCUUUUCAUCGGCCGAGAAACAUCUGAUGCCAAGAAGCAUAUACCUGGAGACGAUUGCUUCGGUAUAGUACUUAGGCCCGAAGACAACCAAGACGACAUUAGGGCUUUUGUGCAGAAAAAACUUCCGGAGUUCUCGAGAUCAAGUCACGGUGUUGGGUUCAGUCUUUCUGAGGCUGAUAAAUCAGAUGUUGAAAGAAUACAGGAUACCAAAGGUGAUUUGCUCACCCUUCUCAGACAAGGGAUACUCCCCACGAAGCUUGGAGACAUGUAG